AUGAGUCAGGAACAAAAGGGGGAGACGAGACGGACACUUCCGCUCCCUACCAGAGAAACCACACAGCCCGACGACUUUCGCGCAGAUGGCAGCUCGAGUUCCGCGUCAGCCAGCCGAAUAGAAUCUGGAGCGCUCGACGGCCAAGGUCAUGCGCAAGGAGGAGACUAUGUUCAACCCGUGUUGAAAGCUGGAGUAGCUGAAGAAGGCCCCCGCCCCAUUCAAUCCCAGACAAGCAAACCAUCCGCGGAUCCAUCGACGCCAACAGCGUCGGGAGAGGCUCACAACACAAUGGCCCAAGAGAAGGGUGCUGCACAGGGACCAGCUCAAUCCCCCAAAACCGACAGCGCGAGCCCGCCACCUAAGAAACAGCGACCAUCGUCUCUCAUCAUGUCGCCCCUUACGCAUCCCAACGGACUUUCCAUGUUCCCCGACUUGUCAACUGUGGAGCAAGAGGUUAUGUCGAGAGAAGCAUUGGCCGAGGCCGAAGAAAACAUCGUUGCCGACAGCGCCGAAGUGAGCACCGUGGGCGACAGUGCGUCUGAUGCAGGAUAUGAGAGUGACAGUGUCACCUCUGCUAGUACCUCGGUUGGCUCAUCUGUUCGAGACUACAUGUACGAGAAUGGACGUCGCUACCACAGCUUCCGCGAGGGAGCCUAUAACUUCCCCAACGACGAUGUGGAACAGGAACGAGAGGACAUGAAGCAUGCCAUGGUGAAACUGCUUUGCAGCCAGAAUCUCCAUUUUGCACCUAUUGGGGCGCAUCCCCAGGAAAUUCUCGACAUUGGGACCGGCACUGGCAUCUGGGCGAUUGAGAUGGGCGACCAAUACUCGAGCGCAAACGUUCUAGGAAUUGACCUUUCGCCUAUACAGCCAGACUGGCUGCCACCCAAUGUUCGCUUUAUGGUCGACGAUGUCGAGUCUCCUUGGCUACACCCCCGAAACCACUUUGACUACAUCCACUCUCGGCAUACUGUAAUGGCGGUUAAAGAUUGGCCGAAGCUCUUUCAACGUGCUCUCGAGCAUCUCAAACCAGGUGGCUGGAUUGAACUUCAGGAAAUCCAUCAUUAUCCACACAGCGCAAAGCAUGGGGGCAUGGUUCCUCCGGAUGCGCACCCCGUCGCCCAAUAUUGGUCACUCAUUACUCAAGGACUUGCUUUGCUUGGAGUCAACUUCCAUGCUGCUGCAGGAGGUCUCUUGGCGGCAAAGAUGCGCGAGGCAGGCUUCGUCAACGUUACGGAGCGGGUCUUUCACGUCCCUCUGGGAACCUGGCCUAGGAACAAGGUCCUUAAGACGGUUGGACUAUACUGGCGCACUAUUUUAACAGAUGGGCUGCAGGCAAUUGCACUCGGCCCACUGACACGGGGUCUGGGAUGGGAUCGCGAGAGUGUGGAAGUGCUUCUGAUGAAUGUCCGAAGGGCAUACAACGACAACUCGGCAUUGCUGUACAUGCCGAUGCACAUGGUAUACGGGCAGAAGCCGCUAUAA